CAACUCUGCCACACAGGAUGACCUUUCCCUGAGUUCUGGGAACAGAAUUGUGUGACAAACCUCAAAAAGGGAAUGCAAGGAAAUAUAGAUUGGAUCACCUGAGUUCCCUUCCUCCCUGUGGCCAGUAAGAUCAAGUCAGACUUACAAUAUGGGGGUUGGGGCUUAACCGUGCUUCCCAGUACUGGUGAAAAGGUUUGAAAAUAGGGAGAAGUUUCAGCCAGGAGAGUGGACAUUUACAGCUUGAGUGCAAGAGUACCAUGAUGAAGGCCCUUGACAGAAUGGUGGAUUGCAUCAGCAAAGUCAUGCUUCACGCUGCCAUCUCAUGUUGGCAGCCAUUUCUGGGCCUGGCUCUGAUCAUUGUUCUCACUGGGUCUACAAUGGGAUGUCCAGCUCGGUGUGAAUGUGCUGCACAGAGCAAAUCCGUCACCUGCCAUCGCAAACGCUUGACUGUGAUCCCUGAGGGCAUUCCUAUUGAGACCAAAAUUUUGGACCUAAGCAAGAAUAAGCUAAAGAACAUCAAUCCGGAUGAGUUUGCAUCAUAUACCUUACUGGAAGUAAUAGAUCUUAGUGAAAAUAUAAUAACAAUCGUGGAACCUGGAUCUUUUAGUAAUCUUUUUAACUUGCGCUCCCUACGCCUGAGAAGUAACCGUCUAAAACUCAUUCCCCUUGGCGUUUUUACUGGAUUGUCUAACUUGACAAUGUUGGACAUCAGCGAGAAUAAAAUAGUCAUUUUGCUGGACUACACCUUUCAGGAUUUACGCAACUUAAAGUCUCUUGAAGUGGGGGAUAAUGAUUUGGUUUAUAUUUCACACCGAGCCUUCAGCGGACUGCUUGCACUUGAGCAGCUAACCCUUGAGAAAUGCAACCUUACAGCAGUGCCAACAGAAGCACUGUCUCACCUUCACAGUCUCACUCGCCUCCGGCUAUGUCACCUCCACAUCAAUGCCAUCCACGCAUAUUCCUUUAAAAAGCUGUACCGAUUGAAACACCUGGAGAUUGAUCACUGGCCUCUGCUGGAUGUAUUACCUGCCAACAGCUUGCAUGGUCUCAACCUCACCUCCCUGUCCAUCACCAACACAAACCUAUCUGCAAUACCCAAUGGGGCAUUCAAGCAUCUAAUUUACCUUGUAUACCUGAAUCUGUCCUACAACCCCAUCAGCACUGUCGAAUCUGGCAUGCUGCAGGACUUGAUACGUCUUCAAGAGCUGCACCUGGUUAGGGCGCAGUUGCUCACCAUCGAGCCCCGCUCCUUUAAAGGGCUGCAUGCCUUGCGGGUCCUGAACGUGUCACAUAACCUCUUGGACACUCUGGAGGAGAGCGCAUUCCAAACAGUGAGAAACCUCCAAGUGCUCUGUAUAGACCAUAACCCAUUGGCGUGCGACUGUCGGCUGCUGUGGAUACUGCAAAGGAGGAAGGUGCUGAGGUUUUCAGAAGAGCAGCCAAUGUGUGCCUCACCAGAGAGCAUCAAAGGAAAAUGGUUUCAAGAUUUCAAUGAUCUUUACCUGCCCAGCUACUUUACCUGCCAAAAACCCCAAAUACGAGACAAAAGUCCACAGCACGUGGUGGUUGAUGAAGGCCAGGUGGCCCAAUUCAAUUGCCGUGCUGAUGGUGACCCUCUCCCGAUUAUCUCCUGGCAGUCUCCACGAAGGAGGCUAAUCACCCUCAAGUCAAAUGGGAGGGCGACAGUACUGGGAGAUGGAACACUGGAACUCAAGUUUACCCAGGUUCAGGAUAGCGGAGUCUACAUUUGUAUCGCGGGUAACGCGGCUGGGAAUGAUACCUUCUCAGUGACGUUGCUUGUGAAGGGACUUUCUGAGAAUCUGCAUGGGAACAGGAGCUCUCUAUACAUGACCGAUUUAAAUGACACCCACUCCAAUGGGACGCAUGUGUACAUGACAGUUGCACUGGACCUCAAGACUAUAUUGGUGUCCACGGCCAUGGGCUGCUUCACGUUCCUUGGCGUGGUGUUGUUCUGUUUCCUGCUCCUCUUUGUGUGGAGCCGGGGGAAGGGCAAGCACAAGAACAACAUCGAUAUUGAAUACAUUCCUCGCAAGUCUAAUGGAGCUACAGCUGACACUGAGCAAGGAGGCACGCGGAGGUUCAACAUGAAGAUGAUAUAA